AUGUCGGGAUACGGGUAUGGGCCGCCACCGCCCCCGCCCCCAACGUCGAGCGCUCUAGGGGGAUUUGGUCGCGGAUCCAGCUUGCCGCGACGUGGAGGCUCUCACGGCCGUGGAGGUCGUGGAGGACAGGGACACCACAGUGCGCCUCGUCAUGAGCAGCACCAUGCUACGCAGCCGCGGUACGACUAUCCACCACAGCCCUAUGCGCAUCACCCUGCUGCCGCGAUGAGUUACCCUCCUGCGCCUGCUCCCGGCUAUCCGCACCAAGUUCAUCCUCCCGCCUCCCAAUGGGGCCAUGAGCACGCCGGCCAUCAUGCGCACGCCGCUGCACCGAUGCCACCCGCCUCGUAUCCUCCAACAUAUCCCCCGCAGAGCUACCCUCCGACGCAUUACACCCCUCCACAGCCGGUCCCCUACCCGCCGCCUCAGCACUACCCCUAUGGCGCGCCGCCGCCACCGAACCCGUCUCAGUGGAAUGGGUCGGUACCGCCGCAGCAUGUUGGUGGCCGGCCAACCCGCGGCGGAUAUAACGACAAAGGCCCAAGGGCGGCUAUGCACAGCCCUACCAGUCCGACCCCCGUGCUCACCACCCUGCUCAGCACUAUCCAUAUGGGGGGCCCUCCUCCCCCUCCUUCAGCGCAACGCCAUGCCUCUCACCAAAAGGACACGCAGCACGGGCAGUACCCGCGUCGCGGUCGUGGAGGAGGACACAGGGAUGGCGGCAAUCGUGGCCGAGGUGGCCACAACAACGACAGACGCCAUAACAACAAUGCCAAACCCAAUCAAAAUUCCGCCCAGCACAAAAAUGACUCGGCAUCUCUUGGAAAGAAGAAGAAGCGCAAGACGAACACACUUGGCUUGACCCCUGGGAUGGAGUCGGAAUCCGAAGACGACGAAGGCGAGGAACAGGCUCUCAAGCGUCGUAAAAAUUACCCCACGAAAGCUCGUACUGAGGCCAGGAAAGCAGCCGCGCAAGCGCAAAGGAACGAGGACAAGGCUGCCUCGCUUGAGAAGGAAGCAGACAAGCUGCGGAGGCAGCUGCGCAAAGUCGAAUCUUCUAUUAAGCGAAAGCGAGAGCAAGGCGAUGAGGGAGACGAGAUGCGUGGAGCUUCUGAUGACUCGUCUGACGAUGGGCCCCCGGAGUCUCUCUCAACGAAAGCAAAAUCUACCACUAUCCCCAGCCGACCACUCCCCACCGCUGCCGGAAAGAGGGCAGAUAUCACUAGGCACUGCAAGUACUAUUCGACAGGUGGUACCUGCGGCAAGAAGGGCAAGUGCCGCUUCGUGCAUGACCCGGAGAUCCGUGAGGCCGCCAUCAAGGAACGGGAGGCCAACAACGGCCGCCUGACUAUCCAGCAGCGGUUGAUUCUUAAUGACAAAGAGCAAGAAGAUUUGACAGUCCUGCGAUCCAUCCAGUAUCUCCGUCAAAAGGGUAUCAUGUCUGACGCCGUUGCCGCGAGUGCGGCAGCAUUGAAUGGCAGCGAAGAAAAUGGCAGCAGCGAAUCUUCAAAGGUCAAGAAGGAGGCUAAGGCUGCCAGUCAAGACCCAGGCCCGCCCCUUGUCGUCUCGUCUACUUCUCCAUAUCAGUUACCGCCGCCUCCCGCCUCGGUAUUGCCGGUGACUGUCAAGGAGGAGUUUGGUGCGAUGACGGCACAGGGCCACUCAAACGGCAAGGCAGAUAGCCCGGAAAGCACCAAGCACUACGAGGGCUGGCUCCUCCAACCCUAUGGUUCCAAUGGCAGGGAAAACAACGUUACGCCCUUUGCUUUGUGA